AUGCCGUCACUCGUGUCUUGCCUUAUGGCAGGCUUCGCCCUUGCCAGCCGCGCGGCGGCCCUAAGCUACUCGUCGUCUGAAAUCUACGAAUCCUCCAGCUUCGAAUCGCAUCACUCUCAGACGAGCAGUUCAAGCACAAGCUAUCUAGAUGCAAAUGGGAAAUGGGUGACGCACCGACUCUCACUGGACAGCAGAAGCCCGUUGCUCACCUUUGAAUAUGGGACCAGCCAGCCGUCGGGAAACAACUGGAUUGGAGUCUGGCCUAAAGAUGACGCACAAGCGCCGACCUGGGGCAGCGCCGCGUGGGAUUACGCCAAAGAAAGCUCGGGCUCCCUCCGCAUUACACCUCCCAGCUCCAUGAAGGCUGGCGAGUACAAGGCCUAUCUUUUAUCUAACGACCGAACUAUUCUCGCUUUCAUCGAGAGCUUCGACUACAGCCCAACCAGCAGCGUGGCUUUCAGCGUCAAAACUCACUAUUACAUCAACUGCCGCGGCAGCGUCAACAAUAACGUCAACGUCAUGCCAGGCAACGGCGUCUGCGUCAACACAAACUGCGGCGUCGGCAGCCUUGAAAUUCCUAGCGUCGGAAGCUGCCCUAACGGCCAAGUCCGCAUUAGCUACUGGCAGAAUGCUGACUGCGCAGGCGAAUGGUACGGCUACGGCUACGGAAGUAGAGGUACCUGCCGCGGGCUGUGGUCAGACGGCUGGAGCUUCAAGUCCAUGUGGCUGUCCUGCGCCGAACCAAGCAGCGACUGCAUCGAGCAGGGAACCUGCACCGCCGACCCAGAACCGUCUGUCGGCGUCUGCCGCGCCCCCUCCCGCCUUAGGACCCGGUACAGCGCAGGCCGUACCGUGUCUGCGAAUUAG